AUGUCGUUGAAUGGAUUGGACGAUCCCAAGGUCGCAGAGGCCUAUGUAACGGCUUCGGCUGAACCUGGAGGAUGGUUCCUUCUGAAAUAUGCGAGUCGUGAUGAGGUCGAGCUGCUCAGCAGUGGCACCGGUGGUGUUGCUGAGAUGCGUGGUGCUGUGACGGCAUAUGAUGAGACGAAUCCACUAUACGGUUUCUUGAAAUAUAGAAGGAGGAAUGUCCUGGUCAAGUACCUGCCGGAGGGUUGUUCUCGUCUCAUUCAGGCACGUGUGGCCGUCCACUUUAAUGCCGUCUGUGAGCGUUUCUCGCCGUACGAUUCACAGUUUGAUAUGACCGCAGCCGAAGACCUAGCCGACGCGAAAUUAUCACCUGCAUGCUCGCUGCACGCUGCCAAAGGCUCGAACUCGUCCUCGAGCUCGCGCAAGAAGCAUCUGAUGGAAAUUGCGGAGGAGGAUGAAGAGGAGCAGCAACCUACGAAGCGCCAGUCACUCAUUAAGGAAAAAGAAAAAGAUAGGGAACAACUGAAAGGAAGUGAUGAGCGCCCCACGACCACAGGGGAACCUGUCACUCUCAACUCAGAUUUGGCUGCGUCAUUGGAAAAUAGCAAGUUUUCGGCACCUACCACUUCCGAAGUGCCAACAUUCGUUGGGUCCGUUGAACCGUCACCGCCAACUGAGAACGCCCCGCGCCUUUCUUCUCAAUCAAGCCGCGCCGAGGUUUUCACGUCCUACUCUGCCUAUUCAUAUACAAGCAAACCCAAGGUCAAACUGGGACCCCGCCCCUCGCUCGACACGACUAUUAUCCGACCCCAGACCGCAGGAAACUUUCGCCCCGUAUCUUCUAUUCCCGCCGGCUUGAAACUCUUUGGAAAGGGAAGCAGUUCGAGCGCAAGGCGGCGCAAGGACAGUGCGGGCAGCAGCAACGCUCCCGCAUCACCCCGAAGCGAGAUCACCGACUUUGCUUUCAGCGCAGCGAUACCAAUCCCCGAAGAACCGACCAACAAAUUAACGCUUGAUGUUCCCAGACCGGCAACAAGCUCAGGUGUUUCUACGAAGAGCGGCGUCAGCACAAUCAUGUCAACAUCAAUGAAGUCGGCUAUGACACCUGAAAAGGCACGAUUGAAGAAGGCAUUGCAGCUCAGAGAAAAGAAGAAAAAGAAGAAGGAAGCGCAGUCCCCUUCGUCACCAUCCCUUACUUCGCCAGAGAUUCCUGAUACGGUAUCUGUGCCGGUGACUCCAGAUUCUGCAGUUCCACAUGGAGAUGAGACAGACUUGACGGCAGAUGAUAAGGCAUCUGAGACUAAGGCCGAUGAUUCGGGCGUCGGGAUAGAGACCUCCACGGCCUCAACGAAAGGCGACCAUGCAUCUGAGGGUACACAGCCAGAUUCCCGACCUGUAAGCCCUGUCGUUACAUCUUCUGAGGCUGGGGAAUCUACCAAGGCCUCCUCUGUAUCAGAAUCUACGGAUCAAACUGUGGUAGAAGAAGGUUUAGGAGAUGGAUCCGAUGCGAAACCUCCUGCUGGCUCUCCAGAGCCAGACGGCUUGGUAGGCGAUCAUGCGACAGAGUCAAGUGUGGCGAAUAAGGAGCAAAAUGAUGCUUCUGCACCAGAGUCCAAACCUGCUACUGUUGCACCACAUCUGUCGGAAGAGAUGAAGCCUGACAAUGCACACAGAAAGGCGGAGCAUGGUAGCGACCAAUCAGAGAGCGCAAACACUGAUCAUGAACAUGCAAAAGGGGAAAGUCAGGGCUGCAAGGAUGCUGAAACUUCAAAUCCGGCUGGGGAGCAUAAACAGAGUGGGGCCGAUCCCCGAGUUAAUGCUGCUCAAAGUGUUCAAGUUUCAUCAAUCGCGCCGCAAGACCAGGCUCUCGAAGAUCAGAAACCUGAGACAGUUGGCACCCCGGAGAUGUCCUUGGAGGAUAUAGAAGCCAAACAAGCCCAGCCAGAUAUCAUGACCGGACCCAAUGCUUUGUCACCCAAAAUCCAGCUACCUGAUUCAGCGACUUUUCCAGAUAUCGCGGAAGACGACACCGCUACUCCCGUUGCCCGGGCCAACGCCAACGAUUCCUCGGCUGAUCAGGCAACCGAGAGCGAAUCUGAGUCAGUAGUGGCAGCCCGUGUCAGGAAAUCCUCUAUUGCCAAGCGCAAGGCGAAUGUAGAGCCGAUCAAAACUGAUUUAGCUAAUCGAGGUCGAGCUGCUUCUCAGUCUGACAGCGAUCUCUCUGACGACGAUAGUCUGUUGGAGGAACUUCAGAGCGCAACUGUUCAUGAGGCCAAGCCUAUCACUGUUUCGAAAACACCACUCACACCUGUAUUUCCCGGAAGACUGAACAGUAACAGCGGGAUGACUACUUCAACCGCAUCACCCCCCAUCCAGGCAGGACCGUUUGCAGCGCCUCUCAUGGCGAAGCCGCAAAUGAUUCGGACAGCUUCAAACCCAGUGCGCGGGAAUCUGAUUGCUCCCCCAUCGGAUGUCAGCCAGUCUUCCGCUCGUUCUGUAAGUCAGGGAGCUGCCUUCCUGCAUCAGGUCACCCAGCAGCGAACUGCAGAUGGAACGUUAGCCAAGAAGACCAACAUGGGCUCGAGUAUUUCUCAACGUAUCAAAGCGUUAGAGAGGCUCUCAGUAAAACCGGGAGACGCGCCAUCUCAAGCCAACUCUAGACCUUCGUCAUCCUUCUUCUCUGUAAAACCCAGAGCCCCUUCUAGGUCACCAUCUGUGGUGGACCGUACAACCUCCCUCUCCAAGGACAAUCGCCCAUCGACGGCCCAUUCGAGAGACGAUUCCCCAGAAGCUUCUAGGUUCCAUCGUGAAAGGUCAGGGUCCAUCUCCAGCCGACUCUCUGUCUUUGAACUAGGUAACUCGCCUGGCAAUACGCCUCGCGGUAGACCCGAGACAGUGUCUGUUACGGCUAGAAUCAUCCGGGAUUCACCUUCAGCGUCUCGCACACCUCCCGAAUAUAACAACCCCGUCGAGUUGAAGCAGUCCGCAUUACUUGUCGAUCAUCAGAAGUCUGAUGCUGUGAGUUCCCCGCCUGAGCCUGUUGAGGAGGCGGUCCCAGAGAAGACAAAAUCGCAUCGUCGCAACGAGAGCAAGGACAGCGAGACACAGCGAUCCUCUUUUAAUGUUGUUAAGGAAUUCAUUAAGGAACAUCGCAAGUCGAUCGUCUCCUCACCCUCUUCCGAGGGACCUCGCUCACCUACUCGACCACCUUCAACGCACCAAAAUACCACAUUUGUUGGCCGCCUCUCUAUGAGCAGCAGGCGGUCACUGAGCAAGGAUCGGGAUCUGACGGCAUCGCCUUCUGUCGGUACAGACGGAUCCGUCUCUGGCGAUGAUUCCAAAUCAACAACUAGCGACAAGAAGAUGUCGCGUGCAGGGCGAUUGAUGCGACGACUCUCUUCGUUCUCCGGUCCCAGCAAAGGACACAAGCAUAACAAUGCCCCAUCCACGAGCGGCACACCCACAGUAGCAGAAGAAGACACGGAGGCGGUUCAACCUGUGAAGAACAGUGCCCCCUCUAUCGUGGCAGACUUGGGAGAUGUUAAUGUUCAAUUCCCAGACACUCUGCUCUGGAAACGCCGUAACAUGUACCUCGACUCACAAGGCUUCGUGGUACUUUCAGCACUUGCGCAGCAGCAACAUCAGGCUUCAAAGGGACCAGCAACAACAGGUGUUAAGAAAUACCAUCUCUCAGAGUUUAAGACCCCCUACACGCCUGACGUCGAGGUACAAGAACUACCAAACAGUGUCGUGCUAGACCUGGUUGAAGGUAGUGCCGUACAAGUGGCUUGUGAAGACCGCACUGGACAAUUACAUGUCUUGGAAGUUCUUCGAAGCGCUCAUGUCAAGCAUGCCGGGAACUAA